AUGCAAGCCCUUUGUAGAAGAUCUUUACCAAUCGUCAGCGGGGCUAGAAGCAAAACCGACUUGGCAGUGCUCGAUGAAAUUAUCAGAGUAGAUCAUGCAGGUGAACUGGGCGCUGAUAGAAUAUACGCUGGGCAAAUGGCGGUAUUGGGCGCAACCUCGAAGGGCCCUUUAAUAAAGCACAUGUGGGACCAAGAGAAGCACCACAGGGCGACUUUUGAAGGGCUGAUCCGCAAGCAUAGAGUAAGGCCUACAGUGAUGACACCUAUUUGGAACGUAGCUGGAUUCAUGUUGGGAGCUGGAACGGCUUUAAUGGGCGAAAAAGCCGCCAUGGCGUGCACAGUGGCUGUUGAGACAGUGAUCGUAGAGCAUUAUAAUGACCAAUUGAGGACCUUGUUGGAAGAUCCGGAUUGUAAUAAAGAACUCAUGGAUACCAUUGUGAAGUUCAGAGACGAGGAGCAGGAACACCAUGAUACUGGGAUUGAUUACGGUGCAGAAGAAGCUCCUUUCUAUAACGCCUUGUCUAAUGUAAUUAAAGCAGGUUGCAAAGCAGCAAUUUCUAUUUCAAAAGUAGUAUGA